CCCCCAGCCCGGCCAGGCCCCUUCCCGGCCCGGCCCCAGCCCCAGGGGGCCCCGCUCGGAGGGAAGGCUGAAGAAUCACAUCCACAUUUCGCUCCAGAUGGGCCCGUCUUCCAGGACACAGGGAAGGGAAAUGUGUGUGAUGGAGCCAGCUCAGAUGCCGGUGACCUUUGAGGAAGUGGCUGUGUAUUUCACCCAGGGGCAGGGGGCUCUGCUGGACCCCGCUCAGAGAGCCUUCUACAGGGAUGUCAUGCAGGAGAACUACGAGAUGGUGACCUCGUUGGGAUUCCCCCUUCCCAAACCUGAACUGAUCGCCCGGCUGGAACGAGGGGAAGAGCCAUGGGUGCCCGAUCUCCAAUCCUGCAAAGAAAGGCUUCCAAGAUGCACCCUUACAGGUGCUGAGCGAGGGAGUGAGAAUGAGGAGGGGAAUCAUCAUGAGGAAGUUCCCGGGGAAGUGGAACCACAGGGGACCUUCAUGGGAAGAGCUGAAGGGAAUUUUUCCCAGUGCUUGGAGCAGGCAGAAACCUGGGGAAGUUCACACACGUCAGACAGGCUUCUGGGAAACCACCGAGGGGAGAAAGUGGAUGAAUCUAUAAAUGGUGAGGGAAGAGAGGAGUAUCCCAGAGCACGGCAGACAAAUCCCAAGGAAGAGACACUCUGGCACUACCCACAAUGUGGGAAAGGAUUCAAUAUGAGCUCACAGCUUGUGACACAUCAGACAAUCUGUACUGGAGAGAAACCCCUUCAAUGCUUGGAUGAAGGGGAAAGCUUCAAUAAGCUUUCAGAUCUUAAUAACCAUGGGAGCAGCCACACUAGAGAGGGAACCUGUCAAUCCCUCGAGUGUGGGAAAUGUUUCAUUUCGAAGACACAAAUAAUUAGACAUCAGUUAAGCCACACAACGGAGAGACCCCAUAGGUGCUUGGACUGUGGGAAAAGUUUCAUACAAAGGUCACACCUUGUUCAGCAUCAGGCAUUCCACACAGGAGUGAGACCUUACAAGUGCUUGGAUUGUGGGAAAAGUUUCAUACAAAGGUCAGACCUUGUUAGACAUCAGGCAAUCCACACAGGAAAGAAACCCCACGAGUGCUUGGACUGUGGGAAAAGAUUCACGGACAGGUCAACCCUUGUUAAACAUCAGGCAAUCCACACAGGAGAGAGACUCCACAAGUGCUUUGAUUGUGGGAAAAGUUUCAUAAGAAGGUCAGAUCUUGUUAGACAUGAGGCAAUCCACAUAGGAAAGAAACCCCACGAGUGCUUGGACUGUGGGAAAUGUUUCACGGAGAGGUCAGACCUUUUUAAACAUCAGACAAUCCACACAGGAGAAAGACCCCACAAGUGGUUGGACUCUGGGAAAAGGUUCAUACAGAGGUCACACCUAGUUAGUCAUCAGGCAAUCCACCCAGGAGAGAGACCCCACAAGUGCUUGGACUGUGUGAAAAGUUUCAUAACAAAGUCAAACCUUGUUAAACAUCAAGCAAUCCACACAGGAGAGAGACCCCACAAGUGCUUGGACUGUGGGAAAAGUUUCAUACAGAAGUCACACCUAGUUCGUCAUCAGGCAAUCCACACAGGAGAGAGACCCCACAUGUGCUUGGACUGUGGGAAAAGUUUCAUAAGAAGGUCACACCUUGUUAAACAUCAGGCAAUCCACACUGGAGAGAGACCCCACAAGUGCUUGGACUGUGGGAAAAGUUUCAUACAGAGGUCACACCUUGUUAAACAUCAGGCAAUCCACACAGGAGAGAGACCCCACAAGUGCUUGGACUGUGGGAAAAAUUUCAUACAGAGGUCACACCUAGUUCGUCAUCAGGCAAUCCACACAGGAGAGAGACCCCACAAGUGCUUAGACUGUGGGAAAAGUUUCAUAAGAAGAUCACACCUUGUUCAACAUCAGGCAAUCCACACAGGAGAGACUCCAGAGGUGCUUGGACUGCUGGAAAAGUUUCAUAUGGAGGUCUGACCUCAUUAAACAUGGAACAAUCCCCACAGGAUCUAAACUUCUGUAACACGUGGCAUGAAAGGGUUAAGCAACUUGCAUGUAAUUGACUCAGAUUCAACUUUUAGAGAGAGAUAUAACAGUGUCCCCACCUUAGAUAAAGUAGAGUUUGAAAUGUAAAUGUGUAUUUUUAAAGACUUGGAAAAAGAGGGCAAGUCACGUCUGCGUAACCUAAUUGUCUUCUAUGAGAAGAUAACUGGCUCUGUGGAUGAGGGAAAAGCAGUGGAUGUGUUAUGCCUUGAUUUUUAGCAAAGCUUUUGAUAUGAUCUCCUACAGUAUUCUUGCCAGCAAGUUUAAGACAUAUGGGCUGGAUGAAUGGACCAUAAAGUGGAUAGAAAGCUGGCUAGAUGAUCGGGCUCAAUGCGUAGUGAUCAAUGGAUCCAUGUCUAGUUGGCACCCGCUAUCAAGUGGAGUGCCCCAGGGGUCGGUCCUGGGGCCGGUUUUGUUCAGUAUCUUCAUUAAUGAUCUGGAGGAUGAAGUGGACUGCACCCUC